CACUCCACUUCGCCUGUUUUUAUGGUCAUCUUAAUCUGGUUCAAUUACUUUUACAAAAUGAGUGCAACAUAAAUGCAUGUGAUGACAACAGGUCCACACCACUGAUGAAGGCUGUACAAAGCUGGGAGACAAAGAUUGUUUCUGUCCUCCUUGAUAACGAAGCAGAUCCCAACAUUAAAGAUGCCAAGGGAGAAACAGCAUUACAUCACGCAGUGUAUGUAGACAGGCCAGACAUUGCCACCUAUCUUAUUGAAUCUGGGGGAAAUAUCGAAGAAACUACAAAGGAUGGAUUUACACCUCUGUUGCUAGCACUCAGAGAAAGGAAACUCCUCAUGGCAGAACAUUUAAUAACUCAUGGUGCAAACAUUUAUGUACAUGAUGCUUAUAAAAGAACAACGCUCAUGUAUGCAGUUAAAUGGGAUUCUGAAGCUAUCGUUGAGCUUUUACUGAAGAAAGGUAUUGAUCAUACCUCAACGGAUGCAUUUGGAUGGAACGCUUUGCAGUAUGCCAAAGCAGGAAAACGCAAAGUAAAGAGUAUAAUUUUAGAAUAUGAGGACACACUACUCUCAAGUCAACACAAUAUCUCCUUAGGUAAGUCUUCAUCAAUUUCAUUCUCUAUAGUCCUUCCUUAGAUUAGAAAGGUUGGAGUAAGACAUGUUCUGAUUUUCUAUAAUAGUAUAUUAUUUGGGAAUAUGCUCAUGAGUGAUAUAACUGGAUCUUAAGACAGAUCUAUUCUCAGGUUCCUGAAGAACUGCCACACUGCAUUCCCUAGUGACUGUACAAGUUUGCACUCCCACCACUAGUGAAUGAGUGUUCCCUUUACCAGUUAGGGGGCUCAACCCUGAUAGAUACUAACUCUUACGGCCUCAGCAGUUGUUAAUUUUCUGUAGUUCCUUAUCCAGGCACAUGACCCUCUGAGAUCCCCUCACUCCUUCUUUGCUAGCAUGUCUUUUGUUACUGUAUUUGUUAAGAUCUUUUUUAUAAGGCCAUUUCUAUGAAAGAUUGUUUCACAAUAAGACUUCCAAACUUUUACAUUCUUUCCACCUGACUCUUCUGUGAUGUCCCCUGAGUCAUAAAUACAGGAGUUGUGAUGUAGGUGAGUCCAUUGGGACUUGGGUCCAUACAUUCUGCUUUGUGUCUAUCUAUUGGGAAAAUUGUGGUUUUGAAAUCACAUACUACUAUUGAAUUCAUGCUCUUCUGUGCCUUUAAUUCUCUCAAUCUGAUUCUUAAGAAGGUGGAUUCACCAAAACUUGGUGCAUUUAUUUUAAGUAUUGUAAUAUUUUCUUGAUAUAAAGUGCUUUUCCUUGUCUCUUCUGUUCAUUUAGUUUGAAGUCUAUUUUGCCAAGUAUUAAGGUGGCAGUACCUGCUUGCUUCCUGACACUGUUUUCUUAGAAUACCUUCUCCAUUCUUCCAUUGUAAGAUGGUGUCUGGUAUUAAAACCAAGAUGAUUUAUUUUUGCUUGUUUCUUAAUCUAUUUAGGUAGAUUUUGUCUUUUUCUUGGAGUGUUGAGGCCAUUAAUAUUUGAACAUUAUUGAAAGGUGUGUGUAGUUUGUAGUCUUUUUUU